AUGGCUGAAGAUUUCGAGCUAUGGGAUAUCAUCUGUGAUGGACCCUUUGUCCCUACCAAGAAUCUUGGUGACUUAGCUGUAGCCAUUCCCAAGACAAGGAAGGAAUUCAAUGAUGCUGAUCGAAAGGCGCUAGCCAAGGAAAUUUGGGAAGCCCUUCAGACUGCUCAUGAAGGAACAACACAGGUGAAGCAAUCCAAUAUCGACAUGCUCACAAUUGAAUACGAGUUCUUCAAGACGAAAGAUGACGAAUCCAUCCAAGAUGUACAUAAUCGGUUCACCUCUAUCAUCAAUGAGCUUCACUCUAUUGGUGAAAUCAUUCCAGGAAACAAGCUUGUCAGAAAAAUCCUUGGCUACAUGUCAAAUAUGAAUGUCACCGGUAAUGCAACACAGUGA